AGUAAAUAACCGCUAGCUUCCCCACCCAUUCACGUUGUGUGAAUCAGCAGACGACAGACCUGUAUCAUGUCUGCUAAGCCCGACCUACCCCAUGGCUUCCUGGGUGCUCAGCCCAAGUUCAGUGAACUGCACCUGAAGACUGACAGCCACAAGGACGCUGAGUUUAAGGUGGUGGCCAACAACAAUGUCUCGAUCAAGCUCAAGACAGGCAUCCCAGUCAAGGUGGUGACGAAGCUGACCAGGUGCCGUGACAACGUGGAACUGCCCGAGUACGUGUUGAUCCAGCGGAAAGACGACAGCGCCCUACGGUUCCAUGUGGGGGUGCCUGAAAGUGGCUUCUACAAGUUCCAGAUUUUCUCUCUGUCUGAGAGCGAGGCCACGGAAUCCCUACCCAACGUCUACAACUACCUGAUCGAAUUCGCGCGCGUUUCCAGACCCGCUCAACCUUACGUCAAAGCCUACACGAAGUUCUACAAGGAUCAUUGCUACCUGGAUGAGCCUCUGUUUCUUGACCCAUCUGAAACCGGAAGCGUCCACUUCAAGAUGAUCGUCCCAAAAGCUCAGAAGGUGGCAAUCCACUGCGGGGAGGAGUGGUUCCACCUGGCCCAGAAAGGGGACUGGUGGGAAGGGAAGGCGGAGGUGUACAAGUACCGAGGUAAAGUAAACAAAGCAACGGUCAACGCCAACUACGACAAGGAUGGCACCAGCUAUGACGUUUUGCUUGAGUACAAACUCUAACAUAAACAUCCAGACUUUUUAAAACAUUUCGCUUCCCAUACUUUGCAUAUAUUUACAUAUCUUGCUACAAUUUGGUUUCCUGAUACAAGCAUUCCUUCUUAAGUGUAUUGAUUUUAUAUUUGUAGCCAUGCAGUUAUUGAUCUGUAGUUUGUUAAUCUUUGUAAAGCUGUGGCUAAUCAUCGAUUGAUUGUGAGCUAGAGGUAAUCAUCGAUUGAUGUAAACUGUGUGGCCAGUUAACAGUCUGAUUUUGGUCCAGCUAAAUCUCUGACUUCCGUCUGCCAAAUAGAUUUUUAAAAUCUAUUUAUAGAUUCCGUCUAGCUUGCAGACAUUAAGUGACAUCACAAAUGUCAAAAAAACAAGGAUUGAUGCCAUCUCUGUGAUGUGUAGGCACUGACAUAUAAAAAUUCUGCAGAUGUGACAUUCAACGACUAGAUGACACUGACAUCACAUGACAAUUAUGACGUCAUAGUGACAGGCUAGUAUCUGACUUUGCCUCAAGUUCUCAUCAACAAAGAGUUGUAAAUAAUUUUACUGUAUUAAAUUUAAAUAUUUUAA